UGAUAUAGUGAGAGCAGCGCGCUGGAGAACUGAGUGGAUGUAUGUGUGUGACUUUCAUCUCAUCUUCUGGAGGUCUUGCGGAGAAACGAAUCACUUUGUAUGGCUGGAUUUCUGUGGCCGAUGCAUUUAUUGGUUUUCUUUUUUUAACCAUGUCGUAUUAACUUCAUAGGAGUCAUGCAUAACUAUUUUGGAGCUUGUUUCUCAAUAGUGUUGCUAAUUUUGACGUUUUGGACUGAGGUGUGCCAGUCGUCGGGUUAUUUAGAGCUCCAGUUGAUCAGCGUGGAGAAUGACAUGGGUGAGCUCGCGAAUGGAAACUGCUGUGACGGCGCGCGGAGCGCACGAGACGGUCUGUGCGACCUGGACGAAUGUGACACGUACUUGAAAGUGUGUCUAAAGGAAUACCAGGUGGAGGUCACCACAUCUGGCUUAUGUACGUACGGCACUGGACGCUCGAGCGUGGUCGGAGGGAAUACAUUUCAGUCGAAAGGAUUCAAUGGAAACCCAAACAAGGCCAAUGACCUCGGGACCGUUAUCAUUCCCUUUCAAUUCGCUUGGCCGGUAGGUGUUUACCGAUACUCAACAAAACAAACAUUUUUUGUGAACACUUUCUACAUAGGCUAUAUGAUCAUGUAG